UCUAUGUCAUAGAAAGAGCAGGUGUUUCUAAUGUUACAUACACUCACUGUAUAUGCUUAUGCUACACUUUCAGACUGCGGUAUCAAUUAAUCCACUCAUUGUGUAGGCCUACCCUCUUCUAAAUUGCUGUAACAAUGAGAAGGAAAUGCCAGAGGCAUGUUUUGUUUGCAUCACUGACCACAGGAACCAGUCACCUAUAAUCAACAUAGUCUAGAAAGAGAAGGUCUUUGUUUUGUACACCUCUUGAAUGAACAGUCACAUCUUGGGGGUAUUUGUCUUCUAAGUCAGUGGGUUGUUUGUCGACUGACAUUAUAAUGAGUCAUUUGUCAACUGUAAACCUUUUUGUUUAAAUGCUCAUCUGAUUCCUCAAUCUUAAAACAUUGCCACGGUCAUGCACUGUUUCCUGCAGAGACACCUGACACAGCCCCCAUUCUAUCUCAUAGAAGUGGGUCUGUGUCUAUUGUCUCUGCGGUUCCAGCCAAUCAGCUUUAAGGACAGGUAUAAAACCUCUGAUGGGUCUUUUAACAAAGAGAUAGGAGGACUCGUGUGAUGACUUCCACCCACCAUGGAGCUCUCCCUGUGUUCUCUGUCAGUUCUGACGCUAGUGGCUGUUGUGUUCAUGGUACCAAUGAAAGACAGAAGUGAGGAUGUGUUAAGCUUUUUGAAUGGUGCCCUUGAUGUUGCUCCCGCUACUCAAAGCACCUCAGGAAAAAUCAAAGGUCCCGAGAACACCUUUGGUAAACCAGCUCCAACCCCAGGAAGACCAAGUCCUUUAAGACCAACAGAGAACUCUGCAGAAAUCUCUAAUGUUACGCAGACUGCAAACUCUGCUUGUUUAACAGAUGUUGUAGACUCAGAUGCCAAAUCCAAAGAGAAAUGCAACUCCAAUGAUCUUACAGAUGCAGAACGAUCUGAAAGUAACUCAGCAGAAAGCAGAGAGGAUUAUGAUGACUCUCUGGGAUCUAAUACAAAGAUUACACAAACUGUGACAGAUAACAGUAGCAGCGACGAGACUGACAGUUCUCCAAGUGAUGUGAGAAAAUACAAACAACCUCCAGGAAGGAGAACCAUAAACCCAGACCAUGUCGACAGCAUGCAGACAACCACCAGGCAGGAUCCAACCAAUGGGAGCGAGGUGCUGGAUAGAGAGACUCAGAGGGACCCCACAGUGGGGAGAGAGAGAACCAGCAGAGUGCUCAUUGAUCUCAACAGUGAAGAGGAUGUGAUGGUGGGCUGUCAGGGUACUGUCUGUGUGCCCGGAGAGCAGGGGACUACAGUCAAUGGAGGUGAAAAUGAUGAGAAUACAAGUCUAAACAGUAGAGAUAGAGAUAUCCAAAGCCAAGAGGUCACAGGCACAGCCACGGAGCAGGCCCUACGUAGGGAUAGUUGUAGGGGUGUAGUGAAUGGAGUGUUGGACACAGCCAGAGAACAUCAGGACUUGGACAGUAUGGAGCAUGUCAAUGGUAGACCCAAUGGUACUGAUGAAGCCAAGAGUAGAGAAACUAGAGAUGACAUCAGCACUGAGACGAACCCAGUCGUGAUUGGUUAGCCUCCAGGAGCCCCAGCCAGGAGCCCCAGCCAGGAGCUCCAGCCAGGAGCCUGUCAGUGCCAGAGGCUUCCUCCAGGUAGAGUUGGCUCAGCUCUACCCUGCAGGGCCUGUAAAUCUCCCUGCCUCUCACUCGUGUGUCGUCUCCCUCAAGCUCCACCGACUCUACCAGACCGCAGAGUCCCUCUCACACUUAUAUUCAUGACAGAGACGUCAGUAAAUCUGUGGAUAUUUACCACCAAUCUUUCACUUGAUCUUGAAAUGGUAUAAAUGGUAUUCUGACAGCAGCUGUGCCCCCUGGUCUUACUGCCGCUAGUCAAUUUGAAUUGUAGGUGAAUGGAAAUAAGAUGUUUGGCUCCAAUCUGAUCUGAUGAAAUAAAGGUUUCUCAUAAAGCAUUGUUUGUUGUACUAAUUCGAGGUAAUUCAAUGAAAGGAUGUGUAUACAUCAAAUUCACAACUGUAAGGAAAGACAA